GUGGCGGGGCGUGCACGUAGGCCCCGCCCCCAAGCGCCCCUCCCCGGGAGGCCGGAAGCGCCUGCGCGGCCACGCUGACUGGUAGGGUCGCGCGCCGGCCGACUAUGGAGAGCCACACGAAGCGCCGGCGGGUGGCUGGGCCUGUGGGCGGCGGCGACCCGGGUCCGAACCCGGUGGUCGGCUUCCUGAGUUGGUGCCGGCAGGUGGGGCUGGAGCUGAGUCCCAAGGUGACGGUGAGCCGGCAGGGCACGGUGGCCGGCUACGGCAUGGUGGCUCGAGAGGAUGUGCAGCCCGGAGAGCUACUGUUCGCGGUGCCGCGGGCCGCGCUCUUGUCGCAGCACACCUGCUCAGUCGGCAGCCUGCUGGAGCGAGAGCAAGGGGCGCUGCAGAGCGAGUCAGGUUGGGUGCCGCUGCUGCUGGCCCUGCUCCACGAGCUUCAGGACCCGGCUUCACACUGGAGUCCCUACUUUGCGCUCUGGCCCGAGCUAGGCCGCUUGGAGCACCCCAUGUUCUGGCCAGAGGAGGAGCGCCAUCGAUUGUUGCGGGGCACAGGCGUACCUGAGGCGGUGGAGAAAGAUUUGGCCAACAUCCACAAGGAGUACUGUUCCAUCGUGCUGCCCUUCAUGGAAGCCCACCCCGAUCUUUUCAGCCCUAGGGUUCACUCCCUGGAACUCUACCACCAGCUGGUAGCUGUUGUGAUGGCCUACAGUUUUCAGGAACCACUGGAGGAAGAUGAUGAUGAAAAGGAGCCAAACUGCCCUUUGAUGGUGCCUGCUGCAGACAUACUAAACCACUUAGCCAAUCACAAUGCCAAUCUAGAAUACUGUACAGAUUGUCUUCGGAUGGUGGCCACUCAACCCAUUCCUAAAGGCCAUGAGAUUUUCAACACUUACGGGCAGAUGGCUAAUUGGCAACUACUUCAUAUGUAUGGUUUUGUUGAACCAUAUCCUGACAACACAGAUGACACAGCUGACAUUCAGAUGGUGACAGUUCGUGAAGCAGCAUUACAACGAACAAAAGUUGAAGCUGAAAGGCUCUGCCUGUUCGAACGCUGGGAUUUUUUAUGCAAACUGGAGAUGGUAGGGGAAGAGGGAGCCUUUGUGAUUGGGUGGGAGGAGGUGCUGACUGAAGAGGAACUGACUACUACCCUCAAGGUACUGUGCAUGCCCGCUGAGGAGUUUAGAGAGUUUAAAGACCAGAAUGGAUGGGGAGAUGAUAAAAGGGAAGAGAAAAGCCUGACCAUCACAAGUAUCCCCAAGCUCACAGCAUCAUGGAGACAACUGCUUCGGGACAGUGUUUUGUUGACCCUGCAAACCUACACCACAGACUUAAAAUCUGAACAAGAAUUACUCAAUAAUAAGGAAGUCUAUGCCCAACUCAGCUGGAGGGAACAGCAGGCCUUACAGGUUCGUUAUGGUCAGAAGAUGAUCUUACACCAAUUGUUGAAACUAACAAGUUAGCAGGUUCCCUGAAGGAACAUCCAUAAGAACUUUAUUCCAGGCUAAUGUUCACUGAUGGGUUGAAAUGAAAAGAAAACUUGGAUUUUUUGUUUUGCUUACCAUAUUAAAUACCAAAAGGAAAAGUAGCAAAGGUGGUGUGCUAGGAUUAACUCAGAGGUAAGGAUGGUAUGUUCAGAAGCACUGGGAGCACUUGGGAGUAAUUGCUAAUUGUUAACUAAGACCAAUAAAUUUUAUAGCCCUAUUCUCAGUUUGAACCAAAGUUUGUAAAAAUGUGGUAGUAAUGGGUCUUGUCAUCUAGUGUUUAGUAACAUGAACUUUGAAAAAUCUGUGUCUGUUCUGGGCAAGUCACUUUACUUUUUCUUAAAAACUGUUUCCUCUAUUAAGUCACUGGUAUUCAGAAUAACUGUUAAAUUCCUUAGCAUUCUGAAAUCUGGUCUAGAAGGCACAACUCACCCUUUAGGGAAGAAACCCUAAGACAGUCACAGCCCAUUCCUGUAAGAUUUCUGUUAUUUAAUCUUCAAGUUUUUUGUCUUCUCUGGCUGCAAAACUUAUUAAAGGUAAGGUGUAAGUCACAUAUAAACCUACUCCCUUUGAAAAUUAAAACACUGUGAGGGUAAAGGCUAUGAAAAAAAUGAGCAUUUUGUAAUUGUUUAACCUGCUCCAAUGAAUUUCCACUGUUGAAAGGAACAGAAAACACUAUACAAAAAUCAUGUCCUUGCUUAUUUCAACAUGCCAGAUUAGAAAUGGGGAAGAUCUACCAUUCAGCAAGAAGUUGGUGUUUCCCAAUGGCGCUAGGCACAAGGCUGGGCUUGUCCACUUUUCCUCCUCACCACCAGCACUGGCUGCUGCUACUGAGAAAGGCACAGUGGACUCAGGUGUGUGUCAUGACUUUAAUGUUUGACUACAGUAUGCAUACACAUACAAGAAGUAAGGGAGCUAAAGCCCAGGAACUAGAAAGGCUACAAAAUACAACACGUGGACCAAUACAUUUACAAAACAUUCAAAAUCCUUACAAAAGGGGCUGUAUUGGUCCUUUCAACUUUUGUUGGUCAGCUUAGCCUUUAUGGCCAUUCACUGGGAUGAUGGGUAAUUCAUACUUUUUGGUUCCCUUUUUCCCACAAGUAUCAGGAGAGACUGGGGGAAGGGUGGGUUAAGUCUGGUCUGGUUUCCCUUUGUAAAAAAAAAAAAAAAAAGAAAAAAGCUGACUGCAUCUCAUAGGGCCCAAGGAUAGGUUUUCCAUCAGAAAUGAAAAUGAUGCUCUCCCAGCAGUCAGCUUUAGACUGGGAAGAGAGGCAAAACAAAAACUGUCAAUUGUGGGAUCUCAAUUGUGAGCUCUUCCCAUGUUCCCUGUUACCAAAUUCUAGCAUAUCCACAUCUUUAACAACUUUGUGACUUUCAAGGUCCCCUUGUCCACAAUAAAAAAAUAAGUUACAUAAUA